AACAUCCUGGCCAAAGCGUUGUACGACAACGUGGCGGAGUCCCCGGACGAGCUGUCCUUCCGUAAGGGCGACAUCAUGACGGUUCUGGAGCGGGACACGCAGGGCCUGGACGGCUGGUGGCUCUGCUCUCUGCACGGUCGCCAGGGCAUCGUCCCCGGCAACCGCCUCAAGAUCCUCGUCGGGAUGUACGACAGCCGGCAGGGCCCCGACCAAUCGCAGAGGCCCCUCCCCAAAACGGCGCCCUCCGACAUUUACCAGGUGCCCCCCUCCCUGGGGCAGGACAUUUACCAGGUGCCCCCCUCCCUGGGGCCCCUCCCCGGGCAGAUCCCGGCCCCCGUGGGGGGGACGGGGACCGGGCAGGACGUCUACCAGGACAUUUACCAGGUGCCCCCCUCCCUGGGGCCCCUCCCCGGGCAGAUCCCGGCCCCCGUGGGGGGGACGGGGACCGGGCAGGACGUCUACCAGGUUGUCCGUGACGCCCAGUCUGGCGUUGAGGACGUGUCCGUGUCUUUUAAGCGUCUGUCGGCCUGCAGCACGGGGAGCACCCACUCCUCCUCCUCCUGCUCCCUGGACCUGGUCCCUGUUCGGGACCCAUCCGCCCCCCAGCCCCCCCUGCCCCCCCCCCUGGCCCUGGACCUGGACCUGGACCAGGCCAUGGAGCUCCUCUCGCGGCUGACCCAGGCGGUGGAGUCGGGCGUGGCCCAGAUGAUGUCGCUGGUCUCGGGGAACUGGCGCGGCGCCGGGCGGCUGGAGGCCGUGCUGCCCGCCAUGCGGGCGGCGAGCGAGCGGGCGCGCGGCGCCGUGCGCGACUUCCUGGACUUCGCCCGCGACGCCGCCGCCAACGCCGGCCGCGCCCCCGACCGCUCGCUGCAGGCCAAGCUCAGCCGGCAGGUUUCCAAGAUGGAGGACGGCUUUCGGGGCCUGGUCAGGCACGGCCAGGCGCUGGACGCCGCCGCGUGGUCGCACGUCGCCAUGGCGACCGCGGCGACCGCGCCGGGCGGCGACGACCUGGACCGGCUCAUCAUGGCGGCGAGGGGCAUCCCCGACGACGCCAAGCAGCUGGCCUCGUUUCUCCACGGCAACGCCUCGCUGCUGUUCAGAAGGACCAACCGGACGGGGGCGGGGGAGGGCAGUGGGGGGAGUGGGGGGGUGCGGAGGGGGCCGGCUGUAGAAGCACGGAGGAGGGAUGGAUGGAGGACUACGACUACGUGCAUCUGCAGGUAG